GACGUUCUGCGUCUCUCUGGACAAUAAAAGUCCGGUCCAGUGGCUCGUCGGCCGGUCGGCGAGCGGAGGUCCGCAGGAUGAACCCCGCGUGCGCCCGCUGCGGGAAGAUCGUCUACCCGACGGAGAAAGUCAGCUGCCUGGACAAGAACUGGCAUAAAGGAUGUUUCCACUGCGAGGUGUGUAAGAUGACCCUGAACAUGAAGAACUACAAAGGUUACGACAAGAAACCCUACUGCAACGCACAUUACCCCAAAACGUCCUUCACCACGGUGGCCGACACGCCAGAGAACCUGAGGCUGAGACAGCAGAGCGAGCUGCAGAGCCAGGUGAAGUACAAGAAGGACUUUGAGGAGAGCAAAGGUCGAGGCUUCAGCAUCGUGUCCGACACUCCGGAGAUGCAAAGACUCAGAAGGACUCAGGAGCAGAUCAGCAUCGGGCUCAACCUCCGCUGCCCGUUCCGGGUCUGUCGCUGUGGUGUGGGUGCAGACCACCUCACCUCCGUCGUCAUCACUAGUGGCUGCUGGACUCCCAUCAGGGGACACUACAGCCCAAGCAGGGCGAGUCGCGACAGUUUCUCUCUUUCCAGGUCGCUUCCUGGUUCGCCGUCUGGGGACCCUUGUCUCUGCUGGCCAGUAGCGGGGGAACAGUGGGCUGUCCCGACCGAAAAGCACUGGAACUGGCAGGCGUUCGACGACCCCAACCUGUAG